AUGUAUCUCGUAGUGGCGGUUGUGCCGUAUCAUUAUAUAUAUACAGCGUUCUGUAAACGUCGAUGGGUGAAUUGCAAACUUCUCGAUAUCCUUGAUCAUGAAUUUAAUUUUGAUGAAAUGGAUGUUAUUGUCCAGCGAAUUCUCUCUGGUCAGAUCAGAGUAAAUUGCGAUAAAGUGCCUCUGGACUAUAUUCUAAGGGAUUCGGAUUUGUUGGAGCAUGAUGUUCAUAGACAUGAGCUAGCAAUACUUGACAAACCCAUUGAUGUUGUUUAUCAGGAUGAAAGUGUGCUUGUUGUUAACAAACCACCAUCUAUGCCAAUUCAUCCCUGUGGUCAAUACCAUCAUAAUACCCUUGUCAAAAUUUUACACAAUGAAAAGGGAAUGAAUAAUUUGCGAGUUAUUCACCGAUUAGAUAGAAUGACUUCAGGUCUUGUACUGAUCGCCAAAACUUAUGACGCUGCAAUGAAGAUCUCUCGUCAAAUUAGUGAUCGUGAAGUUGUUAAGUUCUACGUUGCCGAGGUCGAGGGCCACUUCAAAGGAUCAAUAGUUGAAACAGACGGCAUGGAGGAAAAAUCGGGCACUCCUAAACCAGUUAUAGUUGACCAACCACUUGGUCGCCUAUGUGAUAAGAUGGGCCUCAAUGCUGUAAUGGCUGAAAGCGAAGGUGGUAAGCCCUCGAAGACUUCCUUCCUCCCUCUUCUGUUUAAGAAACCACAGAACGCUGACUCUCCUGGAAGUACAAUUGUUCUCGCUCGUCUUUACACUGGACGAACCCAUCAAGUGCGCAUUCAUUUGCAAUACCUUGGUUUCCCUAUUGUGGAUGAUCCCUUGUACAAUUCAUAUGACUGGGGUGAGACAAAGGGUGCUUUUGCUAAGUAUAGAGAACCACGAUCGGAGCUGUUAGCAGUGCUCGCAACGUCGAGGAAUAGAAAUGUAUAUUUGAAAUCAGUUGUAAGUGUGUUCGACUAUUUGUUUCAACCAUUUAUCACCGAGGAACAGAACUGCGCUUCAGAAAACAAAAAGACCCGGGAAGACGGUGACAGGAGCAGUGACGAAAGCACGCAAGACAGUAUUGCCGACGCAAAUGCAAGCACGGACGAUGUUUCGUCACCACCUUCGAAGAAGCGUCGCCUUUCUGGAGUUCGCUAUUACGACGAUUCGACUGUUAACGCGGAAACAUUAGCUCUCUUGGAGGCUGCUUAUGAAUCGGACUGCCCCGAUUGCAACCGUCGUUUCGCCGAUCCCGUGACAUCCAACCUUGUACUGCGCCUCCACGCUUAUCGUUAUUCUAGUGCUGAGUGGUCUUAUUCGGCUCCUCUUCCAGACUGGGCUGUGGAGUCGGUAACGUCUGAAGAACUUGAAGCGCAAAUUAACAAACUUCUUCCCCUUUUGUAA